GGCGUGGCCGCAAGUCGCGCACGAGUCGUGGCGACGGCAUCCAAGCAAGGAAAAGAAAUAAAGCGGAAAACUUUAAACGGGUACGCAGGAGAUCCAGCGAAAUGGCGGCGCCGCCGCCGUCAUAUCCAGCGGCCUUGAAGCCGGAGAUCGGCCCUGACGGCCUCGCUCGAGAUUCUCCCGUAAUCGCCUACACCGAGAAGGUCAUUUUGGAGGAGCAGCUGCAGCUGAAGAAAUACAUUCAGGAGAACUAUUCCAAAAUUCGUGAUGUAGAAAAGGAGUUAGAGAGUCUUACUUUAGAAAUGAAACUGACAGCUGGACCAAAGAAAGCAGCACUAGAGCAUCUGAGGAAGAAGAUUGAAAUAUCAACAGAGAAAAUACGUUUAGCUAAGGUGAAAGAGGAACAUGCAAAAAAGACUUGGGAAGUUGCUGCACAAGUUGUUAAAGACGAAGAGGAUGCUAAGCAGAAAUUAUGUGAUGACCUAAACCAUCUAGUCCAGGAGAGUGCUGCUUCCCAAUAUGCAAGAUUGGAGGAGCUGAAGAAACGUUUAGAAUCUCUAAAUCCCAUAAGGGAUUCUGUUAAUGUGUCAGGUGUUUAUACUGCACAGCAUGCUACUCUGAAUUCAGUACCUCAGCAACCAACUGCACAAAAUCCUGCAGAUGUAACUGGCCGUCAGAAUAUUGCCACAAAGCCUGCUUCUAUGCAACAGCAGCCUAUACCUGCGGAGGCAGAAAAGAAGAGAAGACCCUCGAAUUCGGCAAGAGGGAGGGGUGGUGUCAUGAUCCUUCCGAAGGGAAGAGAGGGUUCUGGGUCAGGAUGGACAGGUGCUGGGUUUGAUGUAGAUAGCCGUACAUGACGCCCGGUAUUUCAAGUUAUUCGUACCAUUGAAACCAUGCUCUCCAAAAUUCACAAGAAUUAGAUUGGUCACCAAAAAAAAAAAUUCAGAGCCAUUCCAGAAUUCUAAUGUGAGGAAGGUGUACGUUUGAUCAUUUGUUCAUCCAUUGUAUAUGAAUCAUGCACUAAAUUAAUCAAAGUUUUAACAUAUAUAUUCAAAGGCUAGAAAUCUGAACCUAAGUAUGAGCACCCGAUAGGGCAUGUUGUCGUAGGGUGUGUUUGACUAUGGUACAUCUGGAUGAACGGAUGUAUGCUAAGUUGAAUUGUAUUUUAAUAAAAGGUGUUUGAUGCGGAUGUAUGAGUGGAUGUAAAAAAAUACAGAGAUUAUUUGGUUGUAUGAGUCAAUGCAAUUUGUUGGGCUUGUGAGAC